GGUCCGCGAGGGUCGGGCGCGGCAGCAGGAAGGAUGCUCGGCCUCGGGACUUGGCAGGUGGCCGGCGCCCCCUCCCCGUGCGGGUCCCUGCAGUGCAGCCGUCGGGACACGCCCUUGGCGCAGAGACUCAAGGGUUGAGCACCCCUCACUCUCUGUUUUGUGCGGGGUUCAAGGGCAGGUGCCUAUUCAAGAUGGCAGAGGCUCAUCAAGCUGUGGCCUUCCAGUUCACUGUCACCCCCGAUGGCAUCGACCUCCGCCUGAGCCAUGAAGCCCUCAAACAGAUAUGCUUGUCGGGACUGCAUUCCUGGAAGAAGAAGUUCAUCCGAUUCAAGAAUGGCAUCAUCACUGGUGUGUUCCCGGCGAGUCCCUCCAGCUGGCUUAUCGUGGUGGUGGGUGUGAUAUCAUCCAUGCAUGCCAAAGUGGACCCCUCCCUGGGCAUGAUCGCAAAGAUCAAUCGGACCCUGGACACCACUGGCCGCAUGUCAAGCCAGACGAAGAACAUCGUGAGUGGCAUCCUCUUCGGCACGGGGCUCUGGGUAGCGGUCAUCAUGACCAUGCGCUACUCACUGAAGGUGCUGCUCUCCUACCAUGGCUGGAUGUUCGCAGAACACGGCAAAAUGAGCCGGAGCACCAGGAUCUGGAUGGCUAUGGUCAAGGUCUUCUCAGGCCGAAAGCCCAUGCUGUACAGCUUCCAGACGUCUCUGCCGCGCCUGCCUGUCCCAGCCGUCAAAGACACUGUGAGCAGGUACUUGGAAUCUGUGAGGCCGUUGAUGAAGGAAGGAGACUUCCAACGCAUGACUGCGCUGGCCCAGGAUUUUGCUGUCAAUCUGGGACCCAAAUUGCAGUGGUAUUUGAAGCUAAAAUCCUGGUGGGCCACAAAUUAUGUGAGUGACUGGUGGGAGGAAUAUAUCUACCUGCGAGGCCGAGGGCCGCUCAUGGUCAACAGCAACUACUAUGCCAUGGAGAUGCUGUACAUCACCCCCACCCACAUUCAGGCGGCCAGAGCCGGCAACACUAUCCACGCCAUGCUGCUGUAUCGUCGCAAGCUGGACCGUGAGGAACUCAAACCCAUUCGUCUUCUGGGAUCCACAAUUCCGCUCUGCUCGGCCCAGUGGGAGAGACUCUUUAACACCUCCCGCAUACCCGGGGAGGAGACAGACACCAUCCAGCACAUCAAGGACAGCCGGCACGUUGUGGUGUACCACAGGGGGCGCUACUUCAAGGUCUGGCUCUACCAUGACGGGAGGCUGCUGAGGCCCCGAGAGCUGGAGCAACAGAUGCAGCACAUCCUGGAUGACGCCUCAGAGCCUCAGCCCGGGGAAGCCAAGCUGGCCGCCCUCACUGCUUCAGACAGAGUGCCCUGGGCAAAGUGUCGGCAGACCUAUUUUGCACGUGGGAAAAAUAAGCAGUCCCUGGAUGCGGUGGAAAAGGCAGCGUUCUUUGUGACUCUGGACGAAUCGGAGCAGGGUUACAGGAAGGAGGACCCGGAGGCAUCCAUAGACAGCUACGCCAAGUCUCUGCUGCAUGGCAAAUGUUUUGACAGGUGGUUUGACAAGUCCCUCACGUUUGUUGUCUUCAAAAACAGCAAGAUAGGAAUGAACGCAGAGCACUCCUGGGCGGACGCGCCCAUUGUGGGCCAUCUGUGGGAGUAUGUCAUGGCCACCGACGUCUUCCAGCUGGGCUACACAGAGGAUGGACAUUGUAGAGGAGACACCAACCCCAGUAUUCCCAAACCCACCAGGCUCCAGUGGGAUAUCCCAGGAGAGUGUCAGGAGGUCAUUGAGGCUUCCCUGAGCAGCGCCACUCUCCUGGCAAAUGAUGUGGACCUGCAUUCCUUCCCAUUCGACACCUUUGGCAAAGGGUUGAUCAAGAAGUGCCGGACGAGCCCCGAUGCCUUCAUCCAGCUGGCGCUGCAGCUGGCACAUUACAAGGACAUGGGAAAGUUCUGCCUCACGUACGAAGCCUCCAUGACGCGGCUCUUCCGAGAGGGUAGGACAGAGACCGUACGCUCCUGCACCACAGAGUCCUGCAACUUCGUGAUGGCCAUGAUGGACCCCACGAAAACGACUGACUGGUCAGCAAGGCCCGAGGAACGAGCUUGGGUCCCCAUGCGUCUGUGCAGCAAGCACCUGUUUUCAGUUUCCCGAAGCAUUCCAUUCGGAUCAUAUGGAGACCCUCACAGUACUGUUUCAGCAGAAUUGCCAAGGAGGGCGGAGCAGAGGCUCAAGCUGUUCAAGAUAGCUUGUGAGAAGCACCAGCACCUAUACCGCCUCGCCAUGACGGGCGCCGGCAUCGACCGCCACCUCUUCUGCCUCUACGUGGUGUCCAAGUAUCUCGCAGUUGACUCCCCCUUCCUGAAGGAGGUUUUGUCUGAACCGUGGAGGUUAUCCACAAGCCAGACUCCUCAGCAGCAGGUGGAGCUGUUUGACUUUGAGAAGCACCCCGACUAUGUGUCCUGUGGAGGUGGCUUUGGACCAGUUGCUGAUGAUGGCUAUGGUGUUUCGUACAUUAUUGUGGGAGAGAAUUUCAUCCACUUCCACAUUUCUUCCAAGUUCUCUAGCCCUCAGACAGACUCACACCGCUUUGGGAAGCACCUGAAACAAGCCAUGAUGGACAUUAUCACCUUGUUUGGCCUCUCCAUCAAUUCUAAAAAGUAACCCUCCUGAGGCACGUGGAAGGAAAACGGACUCUUGUGAUACAAACCAAAUGAAUAGGUGUCGCUCCUGAUCGUAGGACAGGCAGAAAAUUGCUCUUCUAAAACUCAGUUUUCCUUCCAGAAGGUUUACCGUCUGUCUCCCUAGAACAACAGUGGGCUCCACCGUGUGAAGUGCCACCCUGCGACAUCCAGGGAUGCCCUGGCUCCAGGAAUAUUGGGCACAGUCCCCUGAAGUCUUUUGAGUCAGCUCCUACUGGAUGAAGGGAUUCGAAUGCUGGUGAAUUCCUGGGUUAUUGGGGUUGUAGCUUCACACGUGUUGGAGGUGACAAGACUUCCUUGGGGUAACCUAUAAAUACCUGGGACUGGAGGGUGCCUGACUCCACCCAGGCAGUGCAAAUGUCCCCUUGUGCAGAGAGUCUUCGGAGCCAGCGGAGGUAACAGCUGUCGCUAACACACACGUAAUGCACUAAUGGAAUGCCUGGGCUGGGGUUAAGGUUCUGCUGUGGGUGCCCGGCGUCAUUCCUGAGGGAGUCCGCAUCUGAAUCUCCACAUUCCCAGGAAACACCAUUUGCUCAGUGUCGCCAUCCUCACGGGUCUCCAAAGCCCAGUGCCUUAAAGACGGAAGCCCCUUGGGAAGUGGGGCAUUAGGAAGACUUACCUGUCAAGUCUUUGGGGGGAUAUGUGAGGGUGUUGCUUCCCCUCACGGUUGCCUACAUAGGGAAGUAAGCACUUCCCCCUCCCCCCAGAAGACCAGGCCCCUGGUGAAGGCAGUGAUGCUGGAGUCUCAUUGCCAGUUCCAUUAAGCAACAGAACAACAGGCAUGUGUCAGCAGGGGGGCGGGACUUGGUAGUCAAAGGCUCCAUAGCUGGAGGCCAGCUGGAGGGUGUGGCUUGCUGUGCUUGACAGCUGGUGGUCACUGAGUCGGGCACAGAACUGACACAGGCAGCCUCACAGGCAGCAGGAGACGAACAGCCUGGACAUCAAUGGAAUUACCUUCUAGUCCCACCCAGUCAGAGAGGAGGCCUGCUCUCAGUUCCAUAGAAGACGAGGUCAUUUUGGUGACAGACUCAGGGGUCUCAAGUGAUGGGUGCUUUGUACCUAAAUGCCAUCCCUCAAUGGGAGUGCCUUUCUUGAAAGCGCCUGACGGACCACAAGGCAAUCCCACACCAAGUCUGUGUGGUAUUAUGUAAAUUUAAGCAUAAUGGAUCCCCCCCCCCCAUUGCCAUCCUGUCCUGACAAGCUUAGCUAUCGGUGUUUUCAAUCGUGUAUUUAUUUUUCUGACCACUUCAGUGUGCCCUCCGGCCUGGCUCAAUCCCUGCCCCUGUGCUCACACUAGCACGAGAGUGAGGGCGGGGUGACCAGAGUGCCGAGAGGCGCCGGCUGGGCAGCUUAUGCAUGUCUUAUGCAUAUACAUGUACAAAUUUUGUAAUCUAAAAUGAUCACACCUGAAAGGGCCAAAGAUUUGUUUCCUCUUAAAAACAAGAAAACAAAAGGCAACAUAAAUGCAAGAGCAGACACAAACCUAAGUCAGAGCCACCUGAGGGUCGCUGUUCAUGACCACUGACCAACCUGGGUUACCCCGAGGAGCCCCGCUAGUGCCCAAGCGUCACAUUCCUCUCUCUCGGGUUUCCAGUGUCCUUGCUGUUCCUGAGCAGUUACCAAUGCAAUUCCAUACUCCUUACAAGGCGGAAGGGUGGGCUUUCACUGUGUGUGUCAAAAGGAGGAGGUAAGACUAUUAUGUAUUUAAUUUAAUGUUGAACAAAACGUAGUCUUACUGUAGCUGGUUUGAAUUCGGUAUCCUAAUCUGUCCAUUGCCUGUAAAUACCAUAUGCUGUCUGGAUAUAAAUCUUAGAAAUGCAUGUGUGAAUGAACGUAGCUGACCAUUAAUAAAACAUUAAUCCCAUCUA